GGGAGGGGGAGCUGCAAGCAGCUGUGAGCUGGCAGAAGCUUCGCACUCGGCUGGGCUGCUCCUCCUGACGGGGCUGGCUGGCUGGUGGGCAGACGGCGGCGGGGGAGACGAACCUCCGCACAAGGACACCUUUCCUCCCCGCGAAAACGACGACAAAGCAGCAGCAAAAGCCGCCCUGCCUCCAUUUUCCAGCCGCAGCAGCAGCCCGUCACUCCGUGUGUGCGUCGCCCCCACCUGCUUCUUGCUUUCGACUUGACCAGCGUUGCCGUUGAGCGAUGCGCUUCGACGAACACCAGGAGAGCACCCUUUUGGGCAAGCUUUUGCUUCACGGCUCAUUUGGAGUUUUGACAGUCGGCUCUUGAGCAGGCAUGGCCAACUAAACCAGGGGCUGUCAACUUGGACUGUCUUGCUUCUUGCUCGAUGCGCUUGGGAGUCCAAAACACGCGAGAAUGGUGUGCGAAGGGAGUGCCUGCCCAGACACCGACUCAUCAUCCGGGGGGGACACAAGGACUACGUAUUGACGACCACUUUGGCUCUGAGCACCACGCAGGAGGACUUUGCUUGGCCAAGUUUGGAGGCGCUUAGAAGGUGCUGUCAUGCUUUCCCUGGACGAGCCCCUGGACCUGAAGCUCCCUCGGCGGACCAACGGACGGGACCAGGGGUCAUGCUCGCCGCCCCUCUCACCAAUGAUAGCCAAAAGGGCUCACCGUCUCUGCAUGACAAACGACGGUACAGCGGUUCUCGAUUCUGCCUCCCUGGGAUUCCCGCACGGAGCUGUCUUGGGUAUGCGGGUAGCCCUCAGCGACCGAACAGAUACCCCCACGCCCCCUGCAGUGGAUCUGAGCACAUCUCCUUCCUCCCUUGCUCACACACCCGUCUCACCUGAGAUGGCCAACGGCAGCUACACUCCCGCAGCGUUUUUUGUAAUGAUCGGAGCUGGGGCGGGACUUCGCCUACCGUCAUCCAUGUUCGUUGGCCAAGUGAGUGAUAAAAGGGCAUCACAUGACCUCUCGUCCGACGAACAGCUGGCUUGCCGCUGGAAGAAGUGCCACCUGCUCUUUGACUCUCUUCAAGACCUGGUGGACCAUGUCAACGACUUCCACGUCAAGCCAGAGAAAGAGUCUGGCUACUGCUGCCAUUGGGAGGGCUGCUCUCGUAAAGGGAGGGGCUUCAACGCCAGGUACAAGAUGCUGAUUCACAUCCGCACGCACACAAACGAGAAGCCUCACCGUUGUCCCACCUGCAACAAGAGCUUCUCGCGCCUCGAGAACCUCAAGAUACACAAUCGCUCGCACACGGGCGAGAAGCCCUACUUAUGUCCCUACGAGGGUUGCAACAAGCGCUACUCCAACUCCAGCGACCGCUUUAAGCAUACGCGCACACACUACGUGGACAAGCCCUACUCUUGCAAAAUGGUCGGCUGCCUGAAGCGCUAUACCGACCCCAGCUCUCUACGCAAGCACAUCAAGGCCCAUGGCCACUUUGUGGCUCAGGAGCAGGGCUCGCUGGCCGGACUGGGCUCCUUGCUGAAGGGAAGCCAAAGUGGGGCUUUAGCUAGCGGAGGGGCCAAGGACUGCACCAUGUCCUAUGUGAGUGGGGCUCACAUUAUCAUUCCAGGGGCGGGAGCCGCUCUCCUGGGUGCCCACACACUCCAGGGUCUGGGUGGAUCUCUUCCCUCGUCCCCCCUCAGUUCUCGGCCCCUGGACCUCAGCACGUUGAGUUGCUGCGGCUCCCAGCCAGGGAGCUUGGGACCGGCUUCCGUCCUAUCUUUCAAUGGCUCCUCACUAGGCCUGGCCAAAUCGCCGCUGCUCUCCGCGGCGUUGUCCUCCUCCACCCUCGGUAUGCCUCCCAUGCUGGUGGAGAGUGUCGAGUGCAGGGACCCCAGCCUGCAGGACAAAAAGGGUCGAGGACAGGAGGCCGAGAACAAGGUGACUGAAGGGGUGCUUAACCUUUCCACAGGAGGGUCUCAUGAUCCCUUGUCUUGGGUGGUUAUCCCCCCGGGCACUGUGAUGCUCAAGCCAGCUGUGGUAAACUGACACACGCACACACACACUUGCACACGCACGCACACACACAAACACACACACACGCAUUCCAGAAGAGCUCAGGGGGUCAUGAUGGGAGGGGGAACGGACUUACAGGCGGUCAAGGGUGGUGCAGGGGGAGGAGGGGGUCGGCUCACACAGCUUCAAAGAGGGUAGAAUAUGUACGACAAUGUGGUGACUUGACCGGCGCUACGUAUGCAAGAGUUGUAGAACGCAGGCCUCUUUUGUUGUCGAGGGGCUUAAGAAUAUUUCUAUCUCCUUUCUCGUUUUAUACUCGAUUCUUCCUUGUUGGUUCUGUGGACAGAGCCCGUAAAGGACAAAGCCUUAGACACGUCCUUGAAUUCUUUGCAGUAUUUGUCAAAGAUGACCAUGUGCCUCUGGCCAAGCAGCGAGAUUGACAAGGAAACAGAUUGACACACACUGCGCUGGGCAAACGUGCACUCAGUUUCCCUUUUAAACAGAAGCUACAGGAUUCUGUACGAUUCAGACGAGCUUGCUUGAUCAAAGCAGGUGACUGUAAAGGGUCUUGGACGGUUCAGUUACACAUAGCACUUAGUUAUGGUCCCAAAACCUCCAAACUGCUGCUAGCCUCUUGCGGUGACUGGGAGCAUGUCUUUUUUCCUGACAAUCAAUGGAUCCCCAUUUUGGUUGAAGCCAACCAACAUAGACCAGCCUGAUCCAGCAGAAUUUCUCACCAGGCAGAGUAGAUUGCUUUGAUAGCCAUCUGAGGUGAGGGACGAGAAGGCACUGCUGUUUGGCUCCCCUCUAGUGGCAGGACGAGAGUCACGACAUGCCAAGUGGCCCAGAUUUUUUUUGCUCCAGGAUUGUCCAGCUGCUUUCCUGUAAUGGACUGAACACGGCCGGUUUGCGUAUGAAAGGCCCAGUGUGGUGAUAAACACUGCUGUCUUGUGUUUCUUGAAAACCAUCUGUGAAAAACAGAUGGCCCUCCACUCACCGCUUCAUGUAGUUAGUUGGGGCAAGUUUUUGUCGUGCGUUCAACAAAAUGUGCCAAAAAUAGCAGAGGGAUGGAUGUUCAUAUUAGGUUGGGGGAGGGUCUAAACAUUUAGUGUCCAACUCUAGCUGGACUGACAUUGAAAAAGCAAACUGCCUCAUUUCAACAAAAAAGCUUGAUCAUAGAUUGCUCAAGCUGUCGCCAUGCGCGUAGCAUAAAACGUACUUGCUUCCUCAUCAUUUCAUGGAACCUUACUGCCGAUUUUAGUCGUGGGAUUGGAGCGCUCCUAAUCAUGUGUGCAAAACGGCUGAGGAGAUGAAUUAGAACAUUGCUUCAAGAGACUUCCAUCUCCUUAUUCCAUCUGUUCCGCUUGAGAGCUUUUCCACUUGUGGACAUUAGAUACAUUUUACCUCGAUGUGUUUGGACGAGACAUACUUUCUCUGAUGUCGAUUCUGCUUCUCUUGUUCGGUGUAAAAGCUGUUGCCUGAAGGCUGAGUCUUUGGGAGGUUGAGGACGCGGAUGAGGUGGUCUGGGAUCGGUAAUAUUUCAAGUGCUGCUGCUGCUCAUACGGACGGACAAAUCAAAUGCCAGCGGUGUAAGUUUCAACCCUCAUUGGGGUCAAGGAG